ACAAUGAUACGGACACCUUACCCAAUGUCCCCAACACACUGUCUCUCCUAAACGCCUUCUCUUCUUAUUCACCAUCUUAUUUGGUCCCUUCCUUUCAACAUAAUAAAAUUCCCACUAAAACUCACCCCCUCUACCCUCCAUUAAAAAGUAAAAUAAAUAAAAACCAUUCUCACAUUUCAACUACUUUAUAAAUACACCACUAUCUCUUCUCAAUAUUAUUUUUCUUUCUUUACACAAAAAUAUAUAUGCCGAUGAUGGAGCUUCAACUUGGUUUGGCUCUUCCCACCUCUAAUUUCCACAUAGAUAUUCCAAUCGAGGGCUUUGAUCUGAAUUAUAAUCAUCAGGGCUUUGUGUCUUGUAAUAAGAAGAAGAAACGAAAGUGUGGCCAGGCGUUUUCAGAGCAAGAUAUUGUAACGGUGCCUAAAACGCUUCCUUUGUUGUUAUGGAACAACCGGAAACCCAAUGAUGAAGAUGAUGAAUCCAAUAAAGACCUUUUUAACAACGACACAACUUACAACUUCAUCAAGAACGAUGGUGAAGGAGAUAGAGUGGUGGGGUGGCCGCCGGUCAAGGCUUGGAAGAGGAGACUUAUUUGCUUCCAUGGCGGCGGCCGAGCUGUGGAGAAUGGGUGCAGCUGUGGUGGAAGAAUUUCUAGGUUUAUGCACGUGAAGGUCAAGAUGGAAGGAAUGGCCAUAGCUAGAAAAAUUGACUUAAAUCUCCAUACUUCUUUCAACACUCUCACUCAUACCUUAAUGGACAUGUUUGGAAAAUGUCAAGAGGAUUCAUUGAACUAUAAACUCACUUAUCAAGAUAGGGAAGGAGACUGGUUACUUGCUCAAGAUGUACCUUGGAGAACCUUUAUAAGGUCAGUGCAACGUCUCAAAUUGCUAAGGAGGUCCCACUGAUGGCAUCACAGUUUUUCCUUUUCUUAUCUGUUUUUAAUUGAACAAUCUUAAAAUUAAUAUAAUAUAAUAUAUAUAUAUUUAUAUAUAUAUUUAUGUAUUUAUGUAUCACAUGAACUUGGAAAUUAAUGCGUGUAAGAUAUAUGUAGUUCUAUGUAGAACAUCCCAAUCAGUUGUAUAAUUUAUAACAUAUAGCAGUCUAGCUUAAUUAUUUUUUGCCAACAA